UGUAUGGGCUGGGUACGGAGCCUAUAGUAUAACUUUGACCACUCAACUUAUUUCACAACUUAGAGUGUUUUAUUCGGGUGAAAAUUCGAUACACUUGUCGCGUCGAGAAACUGAAGUCAGUUCUUUAUUAGUUGUGAAAACGUAAGUCGUUGUAUCUUAAAAAUACUAAAACGGUAAAGUUAGCUAGCAGCCUCGACGUCUGUUUUGUUGUUGUUUGAGCUAACGUUAGCUAGCAGAGGCUGCCGUGGAGUCGAGUGCGGAGUUGAUAGUCAGAUAACUGCGGCUUACUGCGCUUUAGGAGGAGUUUUACAAACGAAAUGAACGCCGUUGGGAAAAUACUUUCCGGAAAGCUACCAACUAAUUGUUUUUGCCACAUUAAUGUCUACAACAUUCACUGAGCUAUGAUGCUCCCGAGGAAGAAAAGCAAGAACGAAGCGUCGAAACCAGCCGAGGUCCAGGGGAAGUAUGUGAAGAAGGAGACUUCUCCUCUGCUCAGGAAUCUUAUGCCCUCCUUUAUCCGUCAUGGGCCAACAAUCCCACGGCGAGCAGAGGUGCCGUUGUCAGAAGCCCCAGCCGUACCCGGUGCCAGCGUGUACCCACUGAGUCCUUCUGCAGGGACAGACGCAGGUGGACGGAAGAGCUUCUUGCGUAAUGCAACACCUCGACCCCAGCACGAGGUUUCUCGUCGGGACAGCCAUCGUUUGUCUGCGCCAACAUACCUUCCACGUUCGCUCCCUGAUCUUCCUCACGACUACGCCUCUUCCACCCCUUCAUUCAUCAGCGAUGGUGGACCUAUUGCUGAGAACGGAGAUGUGGCCCGUUACUAUUAUCCCCCUGAGGCGUACUACGAUAACCAGCCCAGGCGCACACGCCGACCCGAUCACUUCCAUGACGACUACAGAUAUUACGAGCACAGCGAACUCAAUUAUCCACGAGGUCCUACGCAGCCUCAGACAUCCCAGCCUCACAGUCGCCCCCCUGCAGCUAUUGGACGCAUGCAGGCGAAGUCUCUAGGCAAUCUAGCGAGUUUGAGUGGAGAGGAGACUGCCCUCCCACCUGGCUGGACAGUUGAUUGGACGAUUCGAGGCAGGAAGUACUACAUCGACCACAACACAAACACCACUCAUUGGAGUCACCCACUGGAAAGGGAGGGGCUUCCACCUGGCUGGGAGAGGGUGGAGUCUGCAGAGUUUGGAGUUUAUUAUGUUGACCACAUCAACAAACGGGCCCAAUACAGGCACCCGUGUGCUCCCAGUGUUCCACGCUAUGAUCAGCCUCCACCUCUACCUCUACCAAUCACUUACCAGCCCCGUCCCCCAGAGCGGAAUCAGCCAGUGCUGGUUCCAGCAAACCCCUACCACACCGCCGAGAUCCCAGACUGGCUGCAGGUCUACGCCAGAGCACCUCUUAAGUAUGACCACAUUCUGAAGUGGGAGCUGUUCCAGCUGAUGGACCUGGACACGUAUCAGGGCAUGCUGAAGCUGCUGUUCAUGAAGGAGCUGGAGCGCAUCGUUAAAUCGUACGAAGCUUAUCGUCAAGCGCUGCUCACCGAACUCGAUAUGCGCAAGCAACGGCAGCAGUGGUACGCUCAGCAGCCAACCAAAAACUUCCCACACAACAUGUGAACAGCAGAAGACACAUCCGGAAACACACACACACACACCUUAAUACGUACACUACCAACCCUUCAUGUGCAUCUGCUGCAUCGUGUCUUAGCAGUGUCCUGCGGUGUCAAGUGUGGCGACAACACCCCCCACCCCCCUACCUUUUCCCUCUCCAAACACACUCAGACUUGCACUCUGACAUAUAACUGAUGCUCAUGGGGUGCUCUCAGACUACAUGGGAAUAAAAGUGAGAGCUGCACACCUCCGAGCAGUGUUUGUAUAGUAAACUUUAUUUUAUUGCCUGAA